CAGGGCCUCCUUCGAGAGGUGGAAUCCCUGCAUAUCACGGUCCAGAAUCAGCAGGCGCUAGUCGAUUCCUACAAGCGACAAGUUGAUGCGCUACCUGCGUCAACAGGUAGUGGUCAUUCCCGUCAACCUAAGAUUGGGGAGCCUCCGGCCUUCAAGGGCAGUGAGGAUAAGACCAAGCUUGAGGAAUGGCUGGACCUGAUCGUACUGUGGAAAGGAUCUGGGCACCUGAAAGGCAUUUGUGGCGGAACUGGCCCAGAUAUACGGGCAAUGCGACGACAAGGAGGGUGCAAAGAAGGAGAUCACGGUGAUAGGCGCCGAGCCCCGCUGGGCCCCGAUACACCUCUUUUCGGCACUCGCAUCCCGCCCGGCACUUCGACCCAGUCUCCCAACAGGUCGAUUUCGCCUUCGACGCUCUUCGACACCUUCGACGGUGCGCGACGCUUACUCGAAGCUCGGCACGGUCUUCCCGAGGCCUCCCGGUCUUUCCCGAUUAAGUAUCGAACCUCGCGGCAUGCCUUCACGACGGCUACCGGUCCAAAGUGGCCAUAUGUUACUCUUCAUCUCCGCGUUCGGCAUGACGUCACUCUACCGAUGGACUUGGUCGUAUCAACGGUGCUGUUCAUCAAUAAGGAUCUGGCCUCGAAGGACUUCGUGAAGUACGCUGAGAGGUUCCGCACCCUCGGACGUCUCACGGAGUAUGACAAUAGUCUCCUCAUCGACAAACUCCGGGAGGUUAUACCUCGUGACAUGCGGUUGGUGUUGGCCGGAAAGGACGAGUCCACCUUGCCAAAGGAUUGGACGUUGUUCCUCGACAUCUUGCUCAACAUCAACAAGAUUGUCAACCCGGAGAAGGCACGAGGCUUGGUAUUCAAGAACAGUGGCUCGGAUAAUGGCAGCGCUGUUCCCAUGGACAUCGAUUCGGCUGAAAAGUCGAAAUCGAAGGGUAAAGGCAAAGGCAAGGCAAAGGACGCUGAGGCCGCCUCGACAGAGGCAAAGAAGUAUUGCGUCAUCUGCAAGUCAAAGACUCAUAACACAGAUGAUUGCUACAAGUUGGCUAAAAAUGCGGACAAGCGGCCGAAGACCCAAGGGGAUGGCGCUAGGAAGGCGCAAGGAGGAAGCGGUAACCCCGCGGCCAAGAAGGCUAAGAAAACGCGGGUUAUUCAAGUCGAGCUUACGGAUAGCGAGGACGACACGCCCCUGUCCACGAAAGCCGUGAGCGCCAACACUGCGAGAAUUGAGGAGAUUGCGAACGUCGAGGAAUCGACUCUGGCUGGGAAGGAUGAACCCCAGCUGUCUGCAAAGACAGAACCCACCACAGCUACCUCGGAUUUUUGGAAGAAGUACAUGUGA